AUGUGCAGCCUCCUUGGCUUCUGCUUCAGAGUUUCAUCUUCUUCUUCUUCUCUCUCAAUGGCCCAUCUUUCCAUUUCCACUUUCAUUUCUCCACAAUUAUAACCAAAGCUUCAACCUUUUUUCAUCUCAAUCUCUCUCUGUUUUUUCCUCUGUUUUCUCUCUCUCUAAGAUAUGAAGAAAAGAAGAGCCUUUCUUAAGUUUUCGUUUCUUCUUCUUCUGAUUCUCGAGUUCUCUGAAGCUGAUUCAGAUGGAGACGUCUCAGCGAUGCUUGCACUUAAGAAAAGCCUAAACCCACCUUCUUCUCUCGGAUGGUCCGACCCGGACCCGUGUAAAUGGACUCACGUUGUCUGUACAGGCUCCAAACGGGUGACCCGGAUCCAAAUCGGGCAUUCAGGUCUUCAAGGUACACUCUCUCCUGAUCUCCGUUCCUUAACAGAGCUCGAAAGGCUUGAGCUUCAGUGGAACAACAUCUCUGGUCCUGUUCCUUCUUUAAAUGGCUUAUCUUCAUUACAAGUCUUGAUGCUUAGUAACAACCACUUCGAAUCAAUCCCUAGUGAUGUCUUCCAAGGUUUGUCCUCUUUACAAUCUGUAGAAAUCGAUAACAACCCUUUUGAAUCUUGGGAGAUUCCAGAAAGUUUGAGAAACGCUUCUGCUCUUCAGAACUUCUCGGCGAAUUCGGCUAAUGUCUCUGGUAAGUUACCCGGUUUUCUCGGACCGGAUGAGUUUCCCGGUUUGUCUAUUUUGCAUUUGGCUUUCAACAACUUGGAAGGUGAGUUGCCGUUGGGGUUGUCUGGCUCGCAGAUUCAGUCACUGUGGCUCAAUGGUCAGAAUCUAACCGGCUCGAUCGAUGUUCUUCAGAACAUGACCGGUUUAAGAGAGGUUUGGCUUCAUUCCAACGCGUUUUCGGGUUCUUUGCCUGAUUUCUCGGGUCUUAAAGAGCUCGAGAGCUUGAGCUUGAGGGAUAACUCGUUCACGGGUCCGGUUCCUGCGUCUUUGAUCAGUCUUGAGUCACUGAAAGUUGUGAACUUGACAAAUAAUCAUCUUCAAGGACCAGUUCCUGAGUUCAAAAGCUCGGUUUCGGUUGAUUUGGAUAAAGAUUCAAAUAGCUUUUGCUUGCCUGCUCCUGGUGAGUGUGAUCCUAGAGUGAAAUCUUUGCUUUUGAUUGUUAGCUCCAUGGAAUAUCCAACGAGGCUCGCAGAGAGUUGGAAAGGGAAUGAUCCUUGCACGAAUUGGAUUGGUAUCACUUGUAGCAAUGGGAACAUCACGGUUUUUAAUCUUGAGAAAAUGGGUCUAACCGGGACGAUUUCUCCCGAGUUUGGAUCCAUCAAAUCGCUUCAAAGAAUCGUUCUUGGAACAAACAAUCUCUCUGGUACGAUUCCACAAGAGCUUACAACGUUACCUAAUCUCAAAACACUCGAUGUUUCAAGUAACCAGCUUCAUGGGAAGAUCCCUGCUUUCAAAAGCAAUGUGCUUGUGAAUACUAAUGGCAAUCUCGACAUCGGUAAAGAUAAAAGCUCUUUAUCUCCUCCUUCUUCAUCUUCAGAUGGUUCAGGAUCAAGGAUCAAAGGUGAUAGUGAUGGGAGAGGAGUAAAGUCUUCGACUUUCAUAGGAAUCAUCAUUGGUUCGGUUCUCGGUGGUCUGUUAUUGAUCUUCUUGAUCGGUUUACUAGUUUUCUGCUGGUACAAGAAGAGGCAAAAGCGGUUAGGUGAGAGCUCAAACGCGGUUGUGGUACAUCCAAGACACUCAGGCUCGGACAAUGAAAGUGUUAAGAUCACAGUCGCGGGCUCAAGCGUUAGCGUUGGAGGCAUAAGCGAGACAUACACGCUUCCCGGUACUAGCGAGGCAGGAGAUAACAUCCAAAUGGUUGAAGCAGGAAACAUGCUGAUCUCAAUCCAAGUGCUUCGUUCAGUGACUAACAACUUCAGUGAAGAUAACAUUUUGGGACGAGGAGGUUUCGGUGUUGUGUACAAAGGCGAGCUACACGAUGGAACCAAGAUCGCGGUUAAGAGGAUGGAGAAUGGAGUGAUUGCUGGUAAAGGGUUUGCGGAAUUCAAAUCAGAGAUUGCGGUUUUGACAAAGGUUAGGCAUCGACAUUUGGUUACGCUUCUUGGUUAUUGCUUGGACGGGAAUGAGAAGCUUCUUGUCUAUGAGUAUAUGCCUCAAGGGACAUUGAGUAGGCAUUUAUUUGAGUGGUCAGAGGAAGGGCUUAAGCCUCUUUUGUGGAAACAGAGGUUGACUUUGGCCUUGGAUGUUGCGAGAGGUGUUGAGUAUCUCCAUGGAUUAGCUCAUCAGAGCUUCAUUCACAGAGAUCUAAAGCCUUCGAACAUUCUUCUUGGUGAUGAUAUGAGGGCUAAAGUUGCAGACUUUGGACUUGUUCGCUUAGCACCAGAAGGGAAAGGAUCGAUUGAGACCAGAAUUGCUGGAACAUUUGGUUACUUGGCACCGGAAUAUGCAGUCACGGGUCGAGUGACCACAAAAGUGGAUGUGUACAGCUUCGGGGUUAUUCUAAUGGAACUCAUAACAGGAAGAAAAUCUCUAGACGAGUCGCAACCAGAAGAGAGCAUCCACUUAGUCUCUUGGUUUAAACGGAUGUUUAUCAACAAAGAAUCAUCAUUCAAGAAAGCGAUCGAUCCUACGAUAGACCUCGACGAAGAAACCCUAGCCAGCGUUCACACGGUUGCUGAGCUAGCAGGCCAUUGCUGUGCACGAGAGCCUUACCAAAGACCAGACAUGGGACACGCGGUCAAUAUUCUGUCUUCACUCGUCGAGCUAUGGAAACCUUCGGAUCAGAAUCCAGAGGACAUAUACGGUAUCGAUCUCGACAUGUCUUUGCCUCAAGCGCUUAAGAAAUGGCAAGCUUACGAAGGAAGAAGUGAUCUUGAAUCUUCGACUUCAUCGCUUUUACCUAGCUUGGACAACACGCAGAUGAGUAUUCCCACAAGACCUUAUGGAUUCGCCGAGUCUUUCACUUCCGUAGAUGGAAGAUGAAAUGAGACUUCCUCAAAAACUCAGAUUUGUUUUUUUUUUCUUCUGUAUAUUUUUGUGUGUUCCUCUUUCUUCACUACUCACUUCACAAUUCUUUCAUGUGUUCUUGUCACGCAAGUAACAUUUAGGGCUUUGGAUUUCUUAAAUAUUAUAUCUGUUGUUUGUUUUGUUGAUUUAGGAAAAGGCGACGUGUGUACUCUUUAUGUUUGUGAAAAUGGUAAAUGACAGUGAGGUAGAAGAGAGGUUGGCAUUGGAUCCAUCUCCACAUGCCUGUCUCUUUUGUUUGGAUC